AAGGAAUUUGAACUCUAGUCUUGAGUUUAGUUAAAAACUAGUGCCAAUAUGUAUCCUGGAAGACCCAACCCUGGAACUGGUCUGCCACAGAACUCAGUUAUGCCUGGACAGGGUUCCCUUGCUCCGGGUUCUAUGCCCCCUGGUCAGGGUGCUCUACCCCCUGUUCAGACUCCUCUAGGACUAGGGUUCGGAGCUGGAGGUCUAGGACAGUCUCUGCCAUCGUAUGGAGGUCAAAGUUCUACCUAUGGGGGACAGUCCGGAUUUUCCGGCUCCCAAACUGGUUCUUUCGGAGGAACCGGUUCUUACGGUGGAUCCAGCGGUGGAAAUGGUAACGGAGGUAUCCACGGCCAACUGCCCGGCCUUUUGGGAGCUCUUGGUGGGAUUGGCGGUCUGGGCCCGAUGGUACCCCCGCCCCUGCAAACUGACCGGCCGGUACAUAGUUCAGGAAGCUCCAACUCCCCGCCGUCCCAGCUUGUGUCUCCACUUAACAUAUCCCCGCCCGGCCUGCCCUCACCCGACAACCCUGUCUUCAACUGCCCAAGGCGCCCCAAUCUUGGAAGAGAGGGUAGACCUAUUGUGCUUCGAGCAAACCACUUUAGAAUUGACAUGCCGAGGGGUUACAUCAACCACUAUAUCAUCUCAAUUCAGCCGGAUAAAUGCCCCAGGAGGGUCAAUAGAGAUAUCAUUCAAACAAUGGUAAACGCAUACAGCAAGAUAUUUGGAACCCAGAAACCUGUAUUUGAUGGAAGAAGCAAUCUUUAUGUCAGAGAUCCUCUUCCCAUCGGUAAGGAUGCUGUUGAGCUUGAAGUAACCCUGGAUGGAGAAGGAAAGGAUCGUGUGUUCAGGGUUUCUAUCAAGUGGCAUGCUCAGGUGUCUCUGUUUGCCCUGGAAGAAGCACUAGAGGGUAGAACCAGACAGAUCCCCCACGAUGCAAUCCAGGCAUUGGACGUGGUGAUGCGACACUUGCCUUCCCUGACUUAUACUCCUGUAGGACGAUCAUUCUUCUCCAGCCCUGAGGGUUACUACCACCCGCUGGGCGGAGGUCGUGAGGUUUGGUUUGGUUUCCAUCAAUCUGUCCGCCCCAGCCAGUGGAAGAUGAUGCUCAACAUUGACGUGUCCGCCACUGCCUUCUACAAGGCCCAGGCGGCAAUAGACUUCAUGUGCGAGGUGCUGGAUAUCCGUGAUAUCAACGAGCAGAAGCGCCCUCUCACAGAUUCUAUGAGAGUCAAGUUCACUAAAGAAAUCAAGGGACUAAAAAUUGAAAUCACUCACUGCGGGAACAUGAGAAGAAAAUACAGGGUGUGCAACGUGACCCGCCGGCCUGCGCAGAUGCAGAGUUUCCCUCUUCAGCUGGAGAACGGACAGACAGUGGAGUGUACGGUCGCUAAAUAUUUCUUGGAUAAAUAUAAGAUGAAGCUUAGGUUCCCUCACCUUCCCUGUUUACAGGAGUUCGGUCUUCAUAUAUCUAGAGAACUAAUGGAGGUACGAGGACGUGUCCUGCCCCCUCCUAAACUACAGUAUGGAGGACGCACCAAACAACAAGCUCUACCCAACCAAGGAGUAUGGGAUAUGAGGGGGAAACAGUUCUUCUCAGGAGUCGAUAUCAAGGAUUGGGCAAUUGCUUGCUUUGCUCCUCAGCGUACAGUACGCGAAGACUCCCUACGUACGUUCACCCAGCAGCUGCAGAAGAUCAGUUCCGACAUGGGAAUGCCGAUAAUAGGACAACCCUGUUUCUGUAAGUAUGCGGGGGGAGAGGACCAAGUAGAACCAAUGUUUAGGUUUCUCAAGACCUCCUUCCCUGCUCUACAGCUAGUUGUUGUUGUUCUACCUGGCAAAACUCCAGUCUAUGCGGAGGUGAAGAGAGUUGGAGAUACAGUCCUUGGUAUGGCAACUCAGUGUGUCCAGGCUAAGAAUGUAAACAAGACAUCAGCGCAGACAUUGUCCAACCUUUGCUUGAAGAUUAACGUGAAGCUGGGAGGAGUUAACUCUAUCCUUGUCCCGAAUAUCAGGCCUAAGGUGUUCAAUGAACCUGUAAUAUUCCUUGGAGCUGAUGUAACUCAUCCUCCUGUAGGAGACUCAAGGAAACCCAGUAUAGCAGCUGUAGUAGGAAGCCAGGAUGCUCAUCCUUCUAGGUAUGCAGCAACUGUUCGUGUACAGAAACAUCGCCAGGAGAUCAUUGAGGAUCUUUCUGCUAUGGUGAAGGAACAUCUUACCAUGUUCUAUAAAUCCACAGGAGGGUACAAGCCCCACAGGAUUAUUAUGUACAGAGAUGGAGUCUCGGAGGGUCAGUUCUCGCAGGUUCUUCAGUUAGAGUUUGAUUUCUAUCUGUGUUCCCACCAGGGAAUCCAGGGAACUAGCAGACCCAGCCACUACCAUGUACUCUGGGAUGAUAAUAGGUUUGAAGCUGAUGAACUGCAGCAGCUGACCUAUCAGCUGUGUCACACCUAUGUACGGUGUACACGUUCUGUAUCAAUUCCUGCUCCUGCGUACUAUGCACAUUUAGUAGCUUUCAGGUCCCGUUAUCACCUGGUUGAAAAGGAACAUGACAGUGGAGAAGGUUCCCACACCUCUAGCCUGGGAUCAGAGGACAGAGCCCCAGCAGCCAUGGCCCGGGCAAUCACAGUCCACACCGACUCAAUGAAAGUCAUGUACUUCGCGUAGAAGAUCGUCGUCAUCAGGAGGUUUAUGGAAUCCUUCUCCCACAAAUUCCAUUCUAAAUUUUAUCAUUACGCAUUCAUCUCAUGCGUACAUAUGAUUUACUAAUUUUGUUCAAGCUGUUAUACAAUUUUAGACUUGUUGCACAAUUAUGGAAUAUUCCCGUUGUGCAUUUUUGAAAUAGUUUCUAUCGCUAGGUCAAUAAAAUUCAAAUUCUUCAA